AUGAACCAACUAGUGAAACUAAUACACGAGCAACCAAAUGUCGAAAAUACAAUACCUCAUACCUUAUAUCAGGCAUCAUCGCCGAAAUUGAAUCUUGCUGAAGAGGACAAGUUUAUAAUAUACGCCAGUGGGGACAAAUUUUCCCUUUCGACAAAUACUGAUUUAUCUGAUCUAAAUCCGGUGUCGGUAUCUUUAUUUGUACUUAACACAAACUUUAUAGUUUGGUUCAACAGAAACAACGUGGGUAUCGAGAUAGCUUAUCCUGCAAUAAUCUUCCAUGGUUUGAAUGAAGACUCUAUAUAUUUAAAUAUAGAAGACAACCAGAUAAUAGGGACUUACAUAACUAUCAGAUGCAAUCCCGAGCUGCAAAACAACCAAAACCCAUUGUUUAACAUCAUUGAUUCCAAAAUCACAAAUGUAUAUGAAGCUAUAUCGUAUGUUUCUGAAUUACACGCAGUUUCCUCGGAUGAUGAUUAUGAUGAAGGUGAAGUUACUGGUAUUCCGGCAUUGGAAAUAUCACAUACAAACUCGGAAUUAGAAAGCAGUGUUUAAAACAGUCUUAACAAUUCUGGACAGGCGGACGAUUUGGAUGACAACAUGAUUAAUGACAAUGAUGGUAUCCACAAUGUUGCGGGAAUGCAUGUUGAUGUUGGUUUUACUUCCAUUGCUGGGGUAAAGACCAGGCGCAGUGAACAAGAAGAUUACAAUGGGUGGACAGCUAACUUGAAUUCUACUAAUAAAAGGAACAAAUUGCACUAA